AUGUUAGAGAAAGACGCUGCCCACCCGGCUGUGGAGGCCGAAGCACCCACUGAUGCAGAAGGCUUUGUUGUGCAACAGGAGGAAUGUCCCGAAGGGGGUAUCGCAGCAUGGCUCGUUGUGGCCGGUGGGUUCUGUGGAAUUUUCGUAGCCUUCGGCCUGAUGAAUUCUGUGGGCGUUUUCCAGGCAUACCUCAGCACACAUCAACUAUCCUCGUAUAGUGCCGGUACCAUCAGCUGGAUAUUUUCAAUGUAUAUCUUUCUAGCUCUUUUCAGCUCCUUACAAGCCGGUCCUAUCUUCGAUGCUAAGGGCCCUCGCUGGAUGGUAUUUUGUGGAUCGAUUGCAUCUACGACUGGGUUAUUCUUGUUCUCAGUGUGCAAAGAAUAUUAUCAAUUCUUCCUCGUUCUUGGCCUGAUCGUUGGACCAGCUACGGCAUUCAUAUUUACGCCGUGCAUUGGCGCCAUUGGGCAUUUUUUCCUGAUCAAAAGAGGGAUGGCUACAGGCAUAGCUAUCUCGGGGGGAUCAAUAGGGGGCGUUGUCAUUCCCUUGAUGAUGAAGCCACUCUUCGCAUCAGUAGGAUUUGGAUGGAGCAUCCGCAUCCUUGCCUUCCUGUUCCUCUUCCUCAACGUCAUCUGUGUUACCCUAGUACGGUCCCGGCUUCCUCCCAAGGGACCAUCAUCGAUGCUCCCUGAUCUCACGUUUUUACGGGACACUGAUCUUACCCUGCUGAUUGCCGGUAUGUUCUUCUUGGAUUGGGCGCUGUUUAUUCCUCUCACGUUUUUGACGUCUUAUGCAUUGUCUACCGACGGAGCGAUCAAAGAGGGCCCUUCCUACCAGCUGAACGCCAUUAUCAAUGGUGCCUCCUUUUUCGGCCGCCUUAUUCCUGGGUACAUCAGUGAUCAUAUGGGAAGGUUCAAUACUAUCCUCGUCACCGUAGCCCUAUGUGCUCUAUCUAAUAUUGGCAUCUGGCUACCUGCGACGCUGCUCCCAUCGUCCUCGUCUGCAAUUGCGCCUCUGGUUAUACUCUUUGCGACAAUAUUCGGCUUCGCUUCCGGGAGUAAUCUAUCCCUGGCACCAGUGUGCGUGGGUCAACUUUGCAAGACUGGGGAGUUUGGUCGCUACUUGGCCACUAGCUACACGAUUGUUGGCUUUGCGGCGCUUACUGGGGCUCCCAUCGCAGGUGCUCUACUGAAAGCAUGUGGAGGGAGGUACUGGGGUAUGGCCCUGCUGACGGGUUCCUUCUACGUUGCUUCGUUUGUCUUCUUCCUAGUCGUUAGAAUAAGGAGGGUGGGGUGGGGUCUGAACGUGGUCUUCUAG